AUGUACAGGGCAUUUGACUACGGUGGUCCCGGUGCCGAUCAGGUGAAUAGCAUGAUCAGUGUUAUGGAACAAACUCACAAACAACUCAAAGAACUGCGAAAAGACCUAAACGACCAACAAGUUUAUGCCGCCACUGGACUUAUCUUAAUGAACGGCCACACAGACCAACCGUCGGAGUUGUAUACCAUCGAUACUUUCCGCAAACUAAUUGAUUACGCCAACCAAAAGCACCUUGGUCGAGUUUCUUAUUGGGCAUUAAAUAGGGACAGAAAGUGUAUCAAACCGGUGGGUUGGGUGGACGGCACCUGUUCUUCACUUGAACAACAGCCCUGGGAUUUCACCAAAACGUUGGCUAAUUUUCAUUAA